ACCAAGCUGUUGUAAUGUGAUUUGACUUUCCCACCCCCACCUCACCCGGAGAGAGGGAGCCCACAGACGGAGCACUCACACUCGGAAGCACGGACGGUGGUGGAGCAGCAGCCAAACACACAGCAGCUAACGCUAAAGAGGCCGCCAGUCAUUAGGUCUGAGUGGGCAAACACUGACAAAAGACUGAGGGCUGAACGCCAGUGGGAGCCAGCGGCCAUGGAGCUCUGAACACGCGCGUUUACUGGGACCGUGCUGGGCUCCGUAGCUCCGGGGACACCGCUUCCGAGACUUCCCCCUUUCUCACGAGUCACAGGAGCGGGUUGAUUCGACCAGAGAGACCCGUCCACGUCCACGUCUUCGCGUUUUUUGCAGCUAAACGGACGGACGGAGCGCGAGCGUACGCACCGCUUCCAUUACGCACCGAGCCAAACCACGCUUUCCCGCACGAUUUAUCUGUUUUUUAUCAGAAGACGCUUGGAUAUCUCUAUCGGGGUUUACGGAAAAGCAGCUGGCACGAUGCUGAGAGGAUUAUUACGGCAGAAAGACAGCCCCUUUGGUCGGAUAGAAGAUCUGAGGGUUUAGCGUCCGACGGAGCCAAGGGGAGCGAGCUAACGCGUUUCGGUUUCCUGAAGCGACGCCAGGCUGCUAACCUAGCUUUUGGAGAGCCAUCGGACGCACACACCACCUCAGGAGCUGCUGGCCCAGAUAUCGAGCCGACUGUGCGUUAGACUGUUAAAGAAAUAACAGGGAACAUUUGGGGGGAUAUUUUGUAGCACGCAGAAAAAGUUGCUGCACUUGGAGAUUGUUUCCAGGUCAUAGUGGAGGGGGAGGAGACAAAAAGGAGUGCUGUUUUUACGCCCCAGUUCAAACCAUUUUUUCUUUUUUUUUCCACUUUGGCAUCUGGUUGUUUAGCUGGGGGAUAUUUUUGUAUGUUUAUCAUAUGCAAGGACAACAUAAGAAAACCAGAAAUCUGUACAAUUUGUAGAGGCAAUUCACUGGAUUCUUCUUGCAAGGUUAUGGUCAUGCAUUUUAAACAGUGACCUUUCCAAUCAUAGGACAACCUAAUAUACAUGUUCCCCUGUGACAGCAGCCAGUAAUUUUGGGUGCGUGUCCAAUUUUCUAUUCUCUGGCGGGGUAACCAAGAAAUGGCCAUGGUGAGUGGGGGCUGGGGAGAUCCAAACGGGGGCACCAACGGCUUGGGGGAGAAGGCGUACCUGAGGGGGGAGGAGGAGGACGGCUCUCCCCAGGCUGGAGGAAGCGACAUGGAGGCCGGGGAGGAUGACAAGGCUUGUGUGGUGGACUGCGUGGUGUGCGGAGACAAGUCCAGCGGGAAGCACUACGGGGUCUUCACCUGCGAAGGAUGCAAAAGCUUUUUCAAGAGGAGCGUGAGGAGGAAUCUAAGCUACACCUGCAGGUCAAAUCGAGAAUGCCAGAUCGAUCAGCACCACAGGAACCAGUGUCAGUACUGCCGCCUCAAGAAGUGUUUCCGAGUGGGCAUGCGCAAAGAAGCAGUCCAACGCGGCCGCAUCCCCCCUCAGGCCAGCCUCAGUCCCUCCAUUACUCCCAUAGGGGGCGCCAGCGGUCUGGGAGGAGGAGACUUCUACAACAACAACAACAAUGGCGGCGGGGGAGGGGGCCAGCCGGUGUCGGAGCUCAUCUCUCAGCUCCUCCGCGCAGAGCCGUACCCUAACUCCCGGUACGGGCACCAGUACAGCCAGCAGAGCGGCCCGGACAACGCCAUGGGCAUCGACAACAUCUGCGAGCUGGCCGCGCGCCUCCUCUUCAGCAUUGUGGAGUGGGCCCGGAAUAUUCCCUACUUCCCCGAAUUGCCAGUCUCUGAUCAGGUGUCUCUGCUGCGUCUGAGCUGGAGUGAACUCUUCAUCCUGAAUGCGGCGCAGUCGGCUCUGCCCCUGCACAUGGCGCCCCUGCUGGCCGCGGCGGGUUUUCACUCCUCGCCCAUGUCUGCGGAGCGCGUGGUCUCCUUCAUGGACCAGGUACGAGUGUUCCAGGACCAGGUGGACAAGCUGACCAGACUACAGGUGGACUCAGCGGAGUACAGCUGCCUCAAAGCCAUCGCACUGUUCUCUCCAGACGCAUGCGGCCUGACCGACUCGGUGCACGUGGAGUCCCUACAGGAGAAGGCCCAGGUGGCUCUGACCGAAUACGAGCGCAUGCAGUACCCCAGCCAGCCACAGCGCUUCGGCCGUCUCCUCCUCCGCCUCCCCGCCCUCCGCGCCGUCCCCGCGAACCUCAUCUCACAGCUCUUUUUCAUGCGCCUGGUCGGUAAAACUCCCAUCGAGACCCUCAUCCGAGACAUGCAACUCUCCGGGAGUUCUAUCAGCUGGCCAUAUGUACCAGGGCAGUAGCCAUUUCACCUUCCCGACUACCAGGACUAACAGGACUCCAAGGGUUGCCAGAUCUGAUUGAAAACUCUGGAGCGUUGCCAGAUCAGAGAUGUAGCCAUUAUACCUCCCAGGCUACUGCAAAAAGUACCCGAUGCGUUCCAUCUGUGGCUUACAAACAGGACUCCCAAGAGUUGCCAGAUCUGGAUCAAACUCGGGAGCGUUGCCAGAUCUGGUUGAGAAUUUGGGACCGUCGCCAGAUCAGAGAUGGGACUACCCUGCCUACCCGGACAGUAGCCAUUUUACCUCCCCGACUGCAAAAAGUACCAGUUGCGUUCCAUCUAUGGCAUACAAACAGAACUCCAAAGGUUGCCAGAUUUGGUGAAAACUAAGGAACGCUGCCACAUCAGAGACGGGACAAGCCUACGUGCCCAGAGAGUAGACAUUUUACCUCCCAAAAACGACCCAUCACGUUCCAUCUGCGGUUCACAAACAGGACUCCCAGGGUUGCCAGAACUGGACCAAACAAACCCAGAACGUUGCCAGAUUUGAGACAACCCUACAUAUGCGGAGUAGCCAUUUUACCUCCC